CAUGAAUAAACAAAAGCAAAACCCCCUGAAAGCCCAUUUUUCCUCUCGAGCAAUUCAUACCAUAAUUUCCAGAAAUCCUUUUACUCUUCUUCUCUCCCCCGUGAUUCUUCAUCUCUCUUCUCCUUCAAUCUUCCAUCCCAGAGCCAUGAUUUUCGUCGAUGGAAUACCCUUCACCGUCGAAUCAUCCUCGUCAAAUAAGAUCACAAGCUUUAGGCAUCCGGCAGCCCAUGCUUGGACAAAGUUGUAUUUGUUUAACCAUUCAGAAAGAACUGUGUUUCUGAGCAGGGAGCUGAUGUGCUGUAUGCUUUAAUGGAGUGUCCUUUUCUUGUUGAUGCCACAAAAUCAUUCAAGAGUAUUCCAGAGAUGAGGUUCACAGAUUCUGAACAGUUUGGUGUGGAGAGAUCAACAAUUUGUAAAUGGGUUUAUGUGUUUCAGAAAGAAUAUGCCACAGUAGAUCCUGCCUUGGUGGAUUUCGUUGGCACUGAUGAAGCAACAACUUGUGUGGGCGUAGCUUUUCGGAAUCGAAGAAACGGAAUGACAUCGGUUGCUCAUAUAGAUUUUCCAAACAUCAUAGAAAACGCCGUCUCGCAGAUGUUAUCCUUAGUUGUCGAUCCCUCUUCUGAUGCCGAGUUAGAUGUUCAUUUAGUUGGAGGCUUUGAAGAUGUUCUACUCAAAGAAAGUAAUGAUAUCACCGAGUUGGAAGAUCGUAAAAAGACAGAGGGUUAUUCAUUUCCGCUGUGUAACAAAAUUAUCGAGCGUUUAUGGACAAGACCGGAGACAUUUCAUCUUCAGACUCUUUGUGUUCUUCAUCACAACACUCGGAGGGACUCUAAAGGGAAUGCUUACCCCAUCUUCAGUGGAUUCUCGGUGAAAACUUCCGAUGGAUCUGUGUUCCCUGCUAGCUUUGACAGUACUUCAAGAUGUCCAGAUGAAGUUAUUCGGAGAAUUCGACUAUCUUCCUCGUACGAGGAUCCAAGUUUGAAGGGCAGACUGCUGGAGACAUACGAAACUCAUACCGAUCAGUUCAAAAUCGAACCAUGCUGCUGGUCGCCAUGGAAACGAUACAUGGCUCUGUCUCUGCAACAGCUUUCCGAUGCCGAAAUCCUUCAAUCGUGUUCUACCUCCCCUUCUGCAGAAGCACCAGACUUUGUGGAAAAUUCAAGAAGGCAGUGGGCUUAUUUAGUGGAACACCCAGAUUGGAAAGAAAGCUUCCCAAAGAAGAAGCCAAGAAUUUUUAGAAGGGCUGCUGAUGGGAAAUGGGAAAGGAGCUUUAACUGACUUCUUCUCUGCUGUUAUCUUUAUGUGAAUCCUUUUAGUUCUGUUAUUUUAUAUUAAUGGCCAACAUUGUUUAACAUAUUUCCAUUUCAAACCGAAGGGAGUUCGAUGAUUUGAAAGGCU